AAAGAUGGCGUCACCAGCUACGAUUAACAAGAUCGAGAGAGCUCACCAGAUGUACCGGGAAGGUAAAUAUUCAGAAGCACUGGGUUAUUAUACGGAUGCACUUUCUUUGGCUAAAACAAACUCCCAAAAGAUCGCUCUCCACAGCAAUCGUGCUGCUUGUUUCCUCAAACUUCACGAUUUUAAAAAGGCAGCAGAUGAAUGUACAUUGGUUCUUGAACUUGAUCAAAAACACACAGGCGCGCUUAUGUUGCGUGCUCAAACCUUAGUUACCCUCAAGGAGUACCAUUCAGCACUUUUCGAUGUCAACAGGUUGAUUGAGUUGAAUCCAUCAUCAGAAAUUUAUCAAAACCUUCAUGCCCGUCUGAAGACACAAUUGUCACUUGCUCCAAUACCUGAAGCUGAAACAGAAAUUGAAGAAGAUGAGGAUGAAUAUGAUGAUUUAAAGGAACAUUGGGAAGAACAAUGUAGUAAUAAAGAGACCGAUGAAGGUGAUGUAAGAAAAGACGACAGGGAUGUCGCUGAAGCAACCACAGGAGAAGCUGAGCCUGGAAAUAUCGAACUGACAACUGAAGUCAGUGAUGUUCAGAAAAUUGAAUCGUCUGAACAACCGUCGUCUAGCUGGGAAGCAAUCCCACAGCCAAAAGGACAUUCACGGCUUGACUAUUCUAGAUGGGAUAGGGUUGAAGAUGAGUCUAGUGAAGAUGACGAUGAUGAGGAUGACGACGAGGAUGAUUCUCAGCCUCAGUAUAGAUUCCGUGUCAAAACUAUUGGGGUGCGAGCUGUUAAGUAGGGCGAAAAUGAUUUAUAAUGCAAUUGCAUGAAUUGGGCCAUAGCAUUCUUUAUUGUUUCAUAUGAAGAGAGCUGAAAGUUUAUUGGGCUCAGAAAUGAUGGUAGUGUGUGAAAGGCUCUAUUGCUCUAGCCACUAAUUGAAGCUAUGGAUCAUGUUGAUGGUUCCUUAUGCUGAGAGCACAGAAACAAUGUACAUUCUAUAUGAAAUGAUUGAGCACCAGAAACUAGUAUAUUCUCUGGCCAAGUGAGAUCCAGUUCAGGCAGCGUUUGUCUAUAGUGCUAUUUUGAUUGGUUCCCCAUGUCCGAAGACUGGUGGCCAUGCUGCAGGCUGUACAGUUCUCUUUGGUUGCAGAGUGUAGAUUUACGUCUUUGGAUACAUGAUUCUGCUGAAUGAAUAAAUUGUAAGAUCACCAUACUGCUCUCUUUUCCUUGCAUCAAAGGUCAGAAUUAGGAAGAGGAACAUACUUUACUUUUUCUUUUUCUUUUGGGGGUCUCUGUUGUAUCAUUUAACGUUAGCAACGAAUAUGUCUAUUUUGUUAAUGAUUCAUAUUUUGUAAUGUUAAUGAAUCUUACAAUUUUCAUUAUGUUCCAAAAAAUGUUUUCCGGUUU